UCGACAUAUCGAUACAUAACACCCGAAUAAUCUGAUCAGAAAACAUUUAGAUUGAAAUCUGAGUAAGAUUGUACAUCAGCCAGAUACGAAAUUCAACAUGACAGCCAUCAUUAAGGAAUAUAUCAAGUUACCCGGAGAGUUUGAAAAUUACUUAGCUUUUGCUUUAUACAACGUUUUUACACCCCAGGAAUGUAACGAAUUGAUUGAAAAAACAGAAGAGAUGGGAUAUAAACCUGCUUUGAUAAAUGGGUGGGAAUCGACAGAACAAUCUAAUAGAAUCUGGAACCGUGUCAAAGAUUACGUUUGUUCAGAGAUCGAAAAUGAUCGGGUUACAGGAUUAAAUAAACAGCUGAAGUUUUUAAGAUAUGACCCAGGUGAAUAUUUUAAACCACAUUUUGAUGGAUGCUAUACAGGAGAAAAUGGCGAGAAGAGUUAUUUUAGUUUACAGCUCUAUCUGAAUGAGGGUUUUAAAGGUGGGUCAACAACCUUUAUCUCGAAGAUAUCUGGUGAUCGUGUGGAAUUUGUUCCUAAAACAGGAGCUGUACUAAUAUUCCAACAGGAUAUUCUACAUGAAGGUUCAUUGUUAGAAGAAGGUAGAAAAUAUUCGUGUAGAACAGAUAUUAUGUGUAGGAUAAAGCACGAGACUGAGGUUAUGCUGGGGAAAGAAAACCUGAAGAAAAUAACCCGAGAAAAAGAAAAACCGAGGCCAGAAGUGUUUCAUCCCCAGCAUAAUCGAAGUCGAGGACUUUAUCUUGCUUAUAAACCGUCUAUGUUUACAUAUACGUACAAUGAGAAUAUCCCAGAAUUCCAGAAAGAAAAACCUGAUAUCGUGUAUUCCUAAGGAAAAUAAAAACCUACCUUGGAAGAAUAACCCGUUACAGGUUUAAAGAAAAAAACUUUCAGAAGAAUAACCCCAAAUUCCCAUGUAUAUAUCCAAAGUCGUCCCGACUUAUUCCGGGCAUAGAAUAUACCCCAAAGAUCAAAGGGAUUUACCGUGAUAGGUUUAUAAGUCAGCAUAAAACAAACCUCAUUGGACCCAUAACAGUUUGUUAGAUGUUGAUACUGCUGGCAGUGCUCACUCUGGGUUUCAGUUUUCAAUUUAAUUUAUUAGCAAUAUAUUUUUAUCGCGGAAAUGGCGAUCGACUGUGUGAGCGCUGACUGCUGGACACCCAAUUCAUUAUUUGAUUUGAUAUAUUAUACAUUUGUUGUCUAUUGUUUGAAAUAUAUGUGUAUAUUAUUUGUGUUGUCCGCGUGUUUGUCUUGUGUAAUUAUUUGUGUGUAUGUUGCGGUAGUAAUGAAUUCAGUAGCUUCCGUAAUUAGUUCAGCCAGACUGGCGUUAAAAAAGGUGAUCAAAUAAAGUGAGUGUAUGUCCUCCUCAAACAUCUUUAUUGUGACUCAAUGGCCGGGAGGUUGGAUGGCCGAAUGGUUAGCGCGUGCGCGUUGUAUCAUUGAGUCAACUUGCGUGGUCUCGAUUAUUUCAAUAAUUCGCGUGCGUGUAGGAACCCGAUAGGCAACAAAGAAGAUAGGACGACAAACCGAGUAGGCGCAUGGUUAAGUACUCUAUCCGUUAAAUGUGCACCAGUCAACUCAAGACGUAUCUGUUGUUUUUGUGUCAAAAUUCAUAUUGUCGUUAAAUUAAUAAACUUCAUUAGAUUAUAUUAUAUCGGUUGUAAGGAGUUCUUCCUUUCGUUUCACUACUAGAACACACAGGAAUGCGAUUUGUUGAUCGUUUCAAUUGUGAAUAUCAACCUGUUAUAGUGCCAACAUCAACCUAUUAUAGUACCAACAUCAACCUAUUAUACAACAUCAACCUAUUAUAGUACCAACAUCAACCUAUUAUAGUACCAACAUCAAAGUACCAACAUCAACCUAUUAUACAGCAUCAACCUAUUAUAGUACCAACAUCAACCUAUUAUAGCACCAACAUCAACCUAUUAUAGCACCAACAUCAACCUAUUAUAGCACCAACAUCAACCUAUUAUAGUACCAACAACAUCAACCUAUUAUAGUACCAACAUCAACCUAUUAUAGCACCAACA